UUGAAACUUCGAAUGAAACAUCGUCACGCCAAAACAUAGAGAGAGAAGAUUAGAGAGAGAAACAUGAAGUUCUCUUGACAAUCAAUGUGUGAAAGACUCUCCGUAAACAUCGCUUACUCCUCUUUUUUGUAGUUUUUUUUUGGAGAAGAAUGUUAUCAAGAAUGGAUUCUAGGAAGAAAAUUGGUGAGAAGACUGGAAAUGGGAAGUUGUUGAAUGAUAUUGAAGCUAUAAGUAAAGCCCUAUAUUUGGAUAAAACCCAACCUCGGAUUUUGAUGUCUACAGCUAGUAGUCGUUCUAAGUCUGUUGGGAAAGCCCGUUUACCCGACCCCAAAUCGAAGAGCAAAGACAAUAAUGGUAGAGAUUUGUUAGACAAGGAUAGUAAUAAGAAGUCCAUAUGGAGUUGGAAGAGCUUAAAGUCCUUAACUCAUGUUAAAAACCAAAGGUUCAAUUGCUGUUUUUCGCUUCAAGUCCAUUGCAUUGAAGGGCUGCUGCCAUUUUUUGAUGACCUUAGCCUUGUCGUCCAUUGGAGGAGGCGAGAUGGUGAGUUGAUGACAUGUCCGGUUAUGGUUUGUGAAGGUAUAGCUGAGUUUGAGGAACAGUUGAAUUAUACGUGUUCUAUAUAUGGCAGUAGGAAUGGUCCCCAUCAUUCAGCAAAGUAUGAGGCAAAACAUUGCUUGUUGUAUGCUGCAGUUUAUGGCACUCCUGAACUUGACUUGGGGAAGCAUCGGGUUGACCUUACUAGGUUGCUUCCUCUUACAUUAGAAGAAUUGGAGGAUGAGAAGAGCUCGGGUAAGUGGACAACUAGUUACCGGUUGUCAGGUAAGGCUAAAGGUGCAACCAUGAAUGUUAGUUUUGGGUAUCACAUAGUUGGGAAUGGGAACACUUCUGCCAUGCUUCCGAGCCAUAGGGACGUUCAAAACUUGAGGCAGAGCAGUUCAAGUGCUACAAAACUUCUUGCACAAGCUGAGCAAAGUGAUGAGCUGAGCAUAAUAAGGCGAGCUGGAAGCCUUCCUCCUCGGUCUUCUACUUCGCAGCAGUACGCAGAAGAAGUAAAAGAUCUUCAUGAGGUUUUACCAAUGCGUAGUUCUGACCUCUCCAAAUCAGUAGAAGUUCUGUACCAGAAGCUCAAGGAAGAGAAGCUUGAAGUUUCAGAGAUUGAUGUUUCCUCUAAUACUGUUGAGAACCUCAAGCGAGAACUAUCCUUGCUAUCAGAACCUGGGAAGGGAAGUGUUGAAAACGAGUGUGAGUUUUCUGUGAUUGAGCAAGGCAUAGAACUGCCCUUGAAGGAAUUGGAGCAAAAAGAAGCUGAUUCUGUGAAAACUAUUGAUUACCCUGUGUUGGAGAGGCUUGUACCUGAUAGUACUGUGAAGAUGCCCAUUGAAGAGGAGGCACAACCUGAACUAUUGGACAAGGGUCUUGACAGUGCAAAUGAACUACUUCCGGUGAGUGCAAGCAAUUUUGAGACAGAAGAAUCAAUUAUGAAAGAAUUGGAGUCUGCAUUAAACAAUGUCUCUGACUUAGCAAACGAGGGAUUAGAUUCUCAAGAACAUGACAAUGAAGUUAUAAAUCAUGAUAGUUACUUGGACGCUAAAGCGAAUUAUAAAGAGCUUAGGAAGGGAAAAUCCCUCAGCAUGGAUUACGUUACUGAAUCCGUGGCUAGUGAUUUCCUGGAUAUGCUAGGGAUUGAGCAUAGUCCAUUUGGCCCAAGUUCCGAGAGCGAGCCUGAUUCCCCAAGAGAACGAUUAUUGAGGCAAUUUGAGAAGGACACUCUGGCUAAUGGCUGUUCUUUGUUUAACCUUGAUAUGGGCAUUGAAGAAUUUGCUUCUGAUGCUCCAAGUGGAUCUCAAUGGACAAGCAUCUCCGAGGAAUUUGGUUAUUCAUCUGCCGAACUGUCAUAUGAAGAGAUGCCCAGGAUAGAAAUUGAGGCAAUGAGUAACAAAACAAGGGCUUCCACAUUGGAGGACUUAGAGACGGAGGCUUUGAUGCGUGAAUGGGGCUUGAACGAGAAGUCAUUUCAAUAUUCUUCAAGUGGUUUUGGCAGCCCAAUUCAUAUGCCUCCUGAAGACCCUUACCAAUUGCCUCCUCUUGGAGAAGGCUUAGGACCCUUGGUACAGACUGAAAAUGGAGGAUUUUUGAAGUCAAUGAAUCCUGCAGUUUUCAAGAAUGCUAAGGGUGGAGGGAAUUUAAUUAUGCAGGUAUCCAGUCCAGUGGUGGUGCCUGCGGAAAUGGGUUCUGGUAUAAUGGACAUACUGCAGCAUUUGGCCUCCAUUGGAAUGGAAAAGCUCUCCAUGCAGGCAAGUAAAUUAAUGCCUUUGGAAGAUAUAACUGGUAAGACAAUGGAACAAAUAGCCUGGGGAAAUGCACCGAGCUUAGAAGGACCUGAAAGACAAGAUCUAUUGCAUCAUGAAUUUGAGUUUGGGCAAAACAUGGCCAGUGGUCGGAGUAAAAAGGGAAAAUCACACGGACCAAUGCCAAGUAAGUUGGAAUCAAGUUCUACUAGGACUCACAUGGACGCUGAAUAUGUAUCCUUAGAAGACCUUGCUCCUUUGGCAAUGGAUAAAAUUGAAGCCCUUUCAAUUGAGGGUUUGAGAAUACAGUCGGGCAUGUCAGAUGAGGAUGCACCUUCAAACAUCAGCACUCAAUCCAUCGGUGAGUUUUCAGCCUUUGAGGGACAAAAGAUCAAUUUUGGUGGAGCUGUAGGUUUGGAAGGGGCGGGUGGAUUGCAGCUUCUGGACAUUAAAGACAAUGGUGAUGAAGUUGAUGGGCUUAUGGGCUUAUCUCUAACACUUGAUGAAUGGAUGAGGUUGGACUCGGGAGAAAUAUAUGAUGAAGAUGAGAUUAGCGAGCGAACCUCUAAACUGCUAGCAGCUCAUCAUGCUAUCAGCACAGACAUGUUUCGGGGCAGGUCGAAGGGAGAGAAGAGACGUGGAAAAGGUAAGAAGUGUGGUUUGUUGGGAAACAACUUUACUGUGGCACUAAUGGUGCAGCUCCGUGAUCCUUUACGGAAUUAUGAGCCGGUUGGUACACCUAUGCUUGCACUUGUUCAGGUAGAGAGAGUGUUUGUACCACCUAAACCUAAGAUAUACAGCACAGUUUCUGAAGUUAGAAACAACUAUGAAGGUGAUGAUGAUAAUGAAUCUGAGCCUCCUAAGAAGGACCUGAAUGUGGACAUCAAAGAAGAGAAUAUCACCACCGAGGUUGAACAAAUACCACAGUACAAAAUAACCGAAGUGCAUGUUGCAGGUUUGAAGACAGAUCAAGGUAAAAAGAAAUUAUGGGGUUCCACAACUCAAGAACAGUCUGGCUCUCGUUGGUUGCUUGCUAAUGGAAUGGGAAAGAAAAAUAAACAUCCAUUAAUGAAGUCAAAGGCUGCUAACAAAUCUUCAAAGGCAGCUGCUUCAUCAGCAACAACUACAGUGCAGCCUGGUGAUACACUAUGGAGUAUAUCUUCUAGGGUUCAUGGUACAGGCGCUAAAUGGAAGGAAAUAGCAGCACUAAAUCCACAUAUCCGAAAUCCAAAUGUUAUAUUGCCGAAUGAAACAAUCCGAUUGAAGUAGUGGUUCAAACUGGGUGAUUCACUAGGGCAAUGAAAUUUUGGAAGCAGCCACCAAAUUAUGGUGAAAAAACUGGGCAAUACAUGCUGAACCAGUAUAUUUUUGUGCAAUGUCAAUGUCAUGUCAAGGGAUGUGCUCUUCUGUUCUUGAAGUAUUCUCUUCUGUAAAUGUGCUUUAUUUGUACAAUGUUUGGCAAUCGUUGCUGUAGUUGUCAUGGGAAACAUUGUUUUCCUCUUCAUAACUUAAUGAAAAAAAUGUACACUCUUGUGACGCCU